UUAUAUAAACUCAUAAGGCCUACCCCUGAAACGCCCUCAUUGAUAAAAUCAAUUAUCAUCUAAAUCCAUCCAAUAUUUCAAUCUCAUUCCGCUCAGUAACAAAUCCAAGCUCCGCCUUGUGCUUUCCUUCACCAGUUCCAGCAGUUGUUUUAGCAAGAUCGCUGAAAUCCAAUUAUAUCUAAGUCUCAGGUUUGCUUUCUCCUCGUUUCCUUAGAAUCAAUUCAGAAGAUAAUGAUGAUGAUCGAUUUCAGCUCGUUUUCUCCUACCUACGCUUACUCACCUGCCAUUAGAUUUCUAGUGUUUCUUCUCGCCCACUUUUCGAUAAUGCGGAAGCUUUCUCUGUUUCUGGAAUUGCUGCGUCGCGGUUAUCUUCAUUUUUCUGAUUCUUAGGUUUAGGGUUUAAUUAGGGUUAUUUAAGGAUUGCUCAUGAAAGUGGGCUUUCGAUGAUUGGAUUUUUCCUGGAAUUUCGAGGACCAGAAAGUUGAAAGUCGAGGGCUUUGGUAUUGGUGAAAAGGGAAUAUCUAUAAACAUGGAAUUAAAUUUUUUAGUAUUUAUUCUAGUUUGGAUAUACCUUGGAAAAACAUGUUUAGGCCUUAGGGUUUAUUAUUUUUUUUGGUGAGAACGCAAAAAAGAAUAUGCUGGAAGAAUAAAAUUCUAGGUUUUUGUUUCUUGAUUUUGAAGAUCGGCUGCUAUUUUUGGUUGGCUCCUGGUCGAUUUCAAAAAAUAUCCAGCUGUCUGUAAUUUUGGACUUACUACUUUUUGAUUAUGUGCAAUUAUAGAUUCCCAGAGUUUAGUGUUCGUUUAGGAUUUAAUUAGGGUUAUCUACGGCUUGCUGAGCAAUUGGAUUUUGGUGGAAUUCGAGGCUUUGGUCUGUGGGCAUGUGUUGUCUGUAUUGGAGAUACUUAUUUUGUCCUGCAACAGAUUGAAUGAAAUGCACAGGAGACUGCGGACUGUUUGUGAUUCAUUCUUUCUAGUUUGGACCUUCUUCAAAGGAGUUGAUUUGAUAUUUUUUGGAUCUUCCUCGCAAGAUUGACCUUGCCAAAGCUUGUGGAUUUUACCUGAUUUGAAAUCUGUUCAAAGUUUGGAUAUAAUUCGAAGGAAUCGAAUUGGUGUUUUAAUCAUCUUCAGAAGAAACUGUAAUUGAUUUGUAUACAUCUUUUGUCUAUAGCAUGGGAAUUAGACGAGCAGCAAGAAGAUAUGAUCAUGACAGUGUAGAAAGACUUUCUGUUCGACCUCAAGGAGAAGCAGCAAACAUCAAUGAUUACCGUAGAAAUGCCAAGCCAUACCAUUCUAUAUCAGAAGAUCUAUUAGCAAAGAGCUCCGGUCAUCAUCCUAAGAAUUCAUAUGUUUCGACUAUAAAGGCCCGAGAGCAAGAAAAUAAGCUUUGCAAGUACUGGAUGUCAGGCUACUGUGCCAGAGGCGAUAAAUGCUGGUAUUUGCAUUCAUGGUACUGUGGAGAUGGAUUCACGAUGUUGGCAAAGCUGGAGGGCCACAAGAAGGCUGUUCAUGGAAUUGCUCUUCCUCUAGAGUCUGAGAAGCUCUAUUCUGGCAGUAGUGAUGGAACUGUACGGACAUGGAACUGCCACUCUGGAAAAUGUGUUCGUUUGAGUAAUCUUGGUGAUGAAGUUGGUUCUAUGAUUACUGAGGGCCCAUGGGUGUUCAUUGGUAUGAAAGGUGUUAUUAAGUUAUGGAAUAUUCAAACAGUGGAUGAAUUGAGUCUAAAAGGGCCUGUUGGACAAGUAUAUUCUAUGGUUGUUGCUAAUAACAUGCUUUUUGCUGGGGCACAGAAUGGUGUUAUUUUUGCAUGGAAAGGCAGUUCUGAGGCCAGUCCUUUUCAACUGGUUGCAUCCAUGGAGGCCCAUUCCGAUGCUGUAUUAUGUUUAACUGUUGGAGAAAAAAAGUUAUAUUCUGGUUCUGUGGAUCACACUAUAAGGGUCUGGGACAUGGACACAUUACAGUGCAUUAAGACAUUGAAUGGACAUGAGGAUGCUGUGAUGUCUCUUCUUUACUGUAAUGGGUGUUUGUUCUCAUGUUCACUGGACUGCACUAUAAAGGUUUGGUUUGCUACAGAAGGAGAAAAUUGGGAAGUGAUCUAUACUCAUAAGGAAGAAAAUGGCGUGCUAGCCCUUUGUGGCAUGAAUGAUGCAGAAACUAAACCAGUUUUGUUCUGCUCCUGCAAUGACAACACUGUUCGCCUGUAUGACUUGCCAUCGUUCACUGAGAGAGGCAGGUUAUAUUCAAAACAUGAAGUUAGAGUGAUUCAAAGAGGGCCUUUUCCCCUUUUCUUCACAGGGGAUGGAAAUGGGUCGCUGACAGUUUGGAAGUGGUUGCAGAAGCCUGGAGGAGGGGCCCCUUGAAUCUUGAUAAGCCACGUGUUUAUAUAAACAUCUUGCCCUGCAAACUCUUUCACUUUGGCUGCAUGGAGAAGAUGGAUGAAGGGAUGUAGAAACUAGUGGAGGCUAUUUCUAUUCUUGAGCAGAACUUUUUGACUGAUUGUAACCAAUCAUGUAUCUAUUAUAUACGUAUUCAAGCAUUUGAUUCAUUAA